AUGGCUGUCGAGCGCAUUGGUUCCAUCAUCAAGCACCUGGCCCCAGGGUCAGCCAUCAAUCAGAUCCAGUCCAAGAAUCCUGAUGAUAUUGGUGGUUUCAAGGAUACUAGCCUCGAGUAUUUGAUCUACGCUCUUCUGAAGCAGGUUCGCGAACGCAGCAACCUUGAUCCUGCUCUCGUCGAGGACGUCUGCUUCGGUAAUGUCUCCGAUGGCAAUGCCGCCUACAAGCUCCGUGCCGCAGCUUUAGCCGCCGGCUUCCCCAAUACCGCCGGUGCCAGCACCGUCAACCGAUUUUGCUCCUCCGGGUUGAAGGCAAUUGCCGACAUUGCACACUCCAUAUCAAACAACUCCAUUGAGAUUGAUAUAGCCGGUGGCGCAGAGCUCAUGUCCGCCCCAGGCAGUCGUCUUGAGCAACCAUUCGACGAGGACGUCCUCAAGGAAAGCCAGGACGCUACUGACUGCAUGCAGCCCAUGGGCUGGACUAGCGAGAACGUCGGUCGUGACUUCAAUCUCUCGAGAGACGAAUUGGACAAGUAUUCUGCCGAGAGUUUCCGGCGAGCAGAGGAGGCGCAGAAGGCUGGCUGGUUCGACGAUGAGAUUGUUCCUAUUGCCACCAAAGUCAAAGGUCCCGAUGGCGAGGUGAAGGAGGUGACCCUGUCAAAGGACGAGGGCAUCCGUCCAGGUACUACUGCCGAAGGCCUCGGAAAGGUUCGACCUGCUUUCCCCCAGUGGGGACCUCUGACCACUGGUGGCAAUGCCAGCCAGGUCACCGACGGAGCCUCUGCCGUGAUCCUGAUGAAGCGAUCAACCGCUGUCAAGCUCGGCCAGCCCAUCCUGGCCAAGUACGUCGGUUCCACCGUCGCCGGUCUGGCACCCCGCAUCAUGGGCAUCGGACCAAGCGUUGCUAUUCCCAAGCUGCUCGCCAUCCACAACAUUGCUCUUGCUGAUAUUGAUGUGAUUGAGCUUAACGAGGCCUUUGCCACAAUGGCUGUCUACUGCCGUGACAAGUUGUCCAUUGACUGGACAAAGAUGAACCCUCGUGGCGGUGCUAUCGCCCUCGGUCACCCCCUGGGCACCACUGGUGCCAGACAAGUGGUCACUGGACUGAGUGAAUUGCGACGCCAAAAGAAAAAGAUUCUCCUUACUUCCAUGUGCAUCGGCACUGGUCAGGGCAUGGCCGCUCUCUUUGUUAAUGAGGUCGUAUGA